AUGAACAGACUCUAUAAAAUCAUGAAUAUGACAAAGGCCAUCCAUGCAAAAAUGGAAAAUUUACCACCUAAUCUACAAAUUGAAGAUAGUGACGAUUCUGUUGCUCAUCCUGAUUACCUGCCUGAUUCAAGACGUAAUCAUAAUGUGGUAAGUAAUUAUUAUAAAGACCCAACUGAACAACAAGUACUAUUACCAAUAAUUCCACUACCUUGGAAGAUAGGAAAGACCAGUCCAUUAGAAAUUGAAUCUACAGAACGACCUAAGAGGGGUAGAAAAAUAAAAUUUGGAGAACACAACCGAUCUGAAAGAAAAUUAAGGAAAUACAAAAAUUUGCCAUAUACAAACAUAAAAAACAGGAAAGUAUUACCUAAAGCUAUAUCAUUGGGUGUGUGUACCGACGAACUCACUAGCAGGCAGCCUGGUAAUAUGUCACAUUCUCGCUGGACUACAACGACCAACCGCAUAUUAUGCCUUUACAUUGGAACCAUGGACUCAUCUGAAGAACUCCAGGAAUUAGUUGAUUAUAUCACGAAAGUCUACGCUCCCGUAUGGUUCCACAUCAAAGGGCAACUUUCAUGUGAAAUGGGUCCCAAACAUAUUUUUAAAUCAAUUCAAUACUCUAGAUGUUUAUCAGAUAAAGUGAAAACAGUUGUUGUUCCAGUAAUACAACGUAAUGCAUUUUUUGCCCAUCUGGAAAAUCUUUUGCUUGCUAUGAUUACAGACAACAGAGGUUUCGUUAAAGAAUUAGGUCUAAGACGUAUCAUAAAAGCAAGAAAGGAAUUACGUGAUAAGGUAAGAGUGUUUAAAGUUCCGAAACCAAAUUUCAAUACAACAGACUACAUUGAAGUGAUACACUGGGCCUCAAAAUUUCCCUGCCAUACUCAAGCAGUUGAACAUUGCGUAAAACUGGUAACUUAG